UAAAAUCCGCUUGUGGCGGGUGUAUGUGAUUACGCGUGAUUAAAUUUUUUACGAUUUUUAUUUAUUUUGUUACAACUAUAAAUAUUUGAAUCGUGCAAAACUAAAUUUUCGAGUCUCUUUUAUUUCUCCAAGUGUGUGUCAGUGACGUAAAUUAAAUGUUAUCGAUUUAAGCAGGUGUUGCCGACAAUAGGUUCACCCCGAAUGGAUCGAUAUCGGUGACUUCGAGCUUUUAUUAUUUGCGUCAUCGUAGGGGUGCUAGAAGAUGGAGAAAUCAGCACGACCACGGACGGCUCUUAACGAGUGUGUUAAGGUGGUAGUGCGAUGUAGACCGCUCUCAGAAAAAGAGAAGAAUGAGGGUCACGAGGAGGUGAGGAAGGUCCGGCCGGAACAAAAGUGGUACGAGCGUCUGUCGACGAAGCCAACGCCGGACAGUAAAACUUUUAAUAGUCCAGUGCAGGUGGUGAAGGUGUGGGCGGAGCGCGGAGCGGUGCAGGUGUACAACCCAAAGGGCCAGGACAAGUUGUUCACAUACGACGCUGCCUACGACUGCACAGCAGAUACGCAGACCAUUUACGAUGAAAUGGUGCGACCGUUGGUGGCGUCCGUCCUGGAUGGGUUCAACGGGUGCGUGUUCGCUUACGGGCAGACGGGCACCGGCAAGACACACACGAUGGAAGGCACGGCCGACCACGAGGGAAUCAUCCCACGAGCCUUCAGACACAUCUGGGCGCACAUCGAGAACAACGCCUCACCUGAUAUCACGCACCUUGUCUCCUGUUCCUACGUGGAGUUAUAUCUCGAGGAUGUAAGAGAUCUCUUAGCGAAAGACUGCAAGAAGCUUACUAUCAGAGGGCAGGAGUUGAAUGGUUUCUACAUCCCCGAGAUGACGUCGGUGGUGUGCAAGUCCGCGGCGGAGAUGGUGCGGACGAUGCGCGCCGGCAACCGCAACCGCGCCUCCGGCCGCACCGACAUGAACGAGCACUCCUCGCGCAGCCACGCCGUCUUCCUCGUCACCGUCGAGACGGCGCACCGCACCACAAACCGCAUUCGAGUGGGCAAGCUGAACCUGGUGGACCUGGCCGGCAGCGAGCGCCAGCGCAAGACGGGCGCGGGCGGCGAGCGGCUGCGCGAGGCGGCGCGCAUCAACCAGGCGCUGUCCUCGCUCGGCAACGUCAUCUCCGCGCUCGCAGAGAACAGCCCGCACGUGCCCUACAGAGAUUCGAAGUUAACUCGAAUAUUGCAAGACUCGUUGGGCGGUAACAGCAAGACGAUCAUGAUCGCGAACAUCGGCCCCGCCUCCUACAACUACGACGAAACCAUUACGACGCUACGGUACGCCCAUCGAGCGAAGGCUAUAAAGAAUAAGCCGGUGCGCAACGAGGACCCGAAGGACGCCAAGCUGCGCGAGUACCAGGCGGAGAUCGAGCGCCUGCGCGCCCUCAUCGAGCGCCGCCGCAAGCGCGCGCCGCGAGCGCGCACGCGCCCGCCCGCGCCGCACGAGCCGGAAGAAGAGACGGCGAGUAUCGAAAACGAACACAUCCUCGCGGCAUCGACCAUUGAACAGGAGAAGACGAAAACCGAGGAGAUCGAACACCAAAUAAAAGCGCUCGAAGAGAGAUUGGUUCAAGGCGGCGGAGGUAAAGAUCUGAUCAACGACCUCAAUGAGACCCAGCUUAUACUGGAACAGAGGAACAUGGAGAUAGCGGAGAGGAAGAAGCGGGAAGUCGAGAUGCAGCAGAAGAUAGACCUCGAGGAGGAGACGACGGCCAUAGUUACUAAUACGUUCACCACACUCCAGCAGGAGGUGGACCAUAAAACGCAAAGGUUAAAGAAGUGCCUUUCGAAGUACGCGUGCCUUCGGGAGGAGGCCGUGGAGCAGCGCGAGGCGCACGACGCGGAGCGCCGCGAGCACGAGGCGCUGCAGGCCGCGCUCAUCGCCGAGCUGCGCCGCCGCCUGCUCGUGGCCGACAGCUUCGUGCCCGAGGCCGGCCGCUCCACCGUGCUGCGCCUGCGCUACAACGACGACGCCGACGCCUGGGAGCUGCCCGAGCACAGCGGAGCCGAGCCCCUGAGCGAGCGGCCCGUGGCGAGCGGCGCGCGCCGCCCCACCUGCGCGCUGGCGCUGGCCAGCAGCGAGCCGCGGCGGCGCGCGCACAACCUGCUGGACCUGCGCCCCCUGCCGCUGCCCCCCACGGCGCGCCGCUACGUGCCGCCCGCGCCCGCGCCGCCCCCCGCGCCGCACCCCGCCGCCGCCGCGCGCGCCCCCGUCGCCGCACUCAAGGGCAUGGACGUGGUCUCCAAGAAGGAGUCGGCGGCGGAGGGCCGGCGCCUGUCGGGGCGCACGCGCGCGCCGUCGGCGCACCAGCGGCUCGGCACGGCCGGCGUGCGGUAGGCGCGGCCGGUCGUUAGUGCGCUAGACAUAGAUGUAACGUUGCAUUGUUAUAAGUUAGCGAUUGUUACCGCGAGCGAGUCGUGUGGUCGCUCGUUCCGUUCCUCUCUCGCUGACCGCGGCGGGAGGGAUCAAAAAUCGUCGAUCUUGCCAAUAAAUAGUUCACGAGGCGACGUCCGAAGCUCCGCGAACGUACUGCCCCAGAUCAACUUCGCCGAUUGAUAGCGCUGCAGUCGAGGACGACGAGUCUGAAUUGUGUUGUUACGAUAUUUUUGUACGGCAACAUUGAUAUUAAGAGAGUGAAACCGCUUAUUACGCUUCGAUACACUGCAGGUCAGUCAGCGACGCACCGAGUGCAGUGCCGCAGUACUGGACGCAGUCGGUGCAGUCCGAGCGGGCCCGCCGGGGCUCGUUAACAUGCUUCGCUCACUCGUGUUAUUGUAUCUAAUAUAAAUAGUCCCUACGAGAACACGCACUGUAAAUAGGUCCAUUGUAAUUAAACUAUCUUAGGGUCAUCAGAUCGUCACAAAUUCCAGUGCGCGACGGAACAUGACAAUGAUCUCAAUUAUGUUAAUUUCCAGUGUCUCCAGUAGACUCGCCCUUAAACGAAUUUAUUGUUUUCGUAGACACGUGUUACCGAUGAUAAAUCUAUACAACGCCCGAGUAUUAUGUAUUUUUACGUCCGAUAUGUUUUCUAUCCGAAAUUUCGGUCUGUUAGUCAAUUUAGGUUGUCAUUUGUUUUUGUAUGAGUAUAUUUUACCAUUGUUGUUUUUAGUAAAUUUUAUUUUUUUGGCUUCAUUCGACUCGAGUGCGAUUGAAGCAAGUGAUAUUAGAUAGCUCGUAGUUGUAGCCGCAGGUCGGACCGGGGCCGACGCCGGUCGAUCCCUCGUCUCUGGUUUACUGUCAUAAACUGUAACAUAAAAUUUUUGAAAUAUUGGUGUCCCAUGUGAAAAAUUACUCUCGUAAAACCAAUGAUUUUAUUGAAAUUGAGUCAAAAGAUUCAGUUAUGUUCAAAUGUGUUACCAAAGAUGGAAACUGUCCAUUCCAAGCAUUGUUGCGAGUUUCAUGUUCCUCUACUUAUAAAAAUUAUUAUUGGAUUUAUUAUAUAUUUAUUUCCAGACACGGUUUCUAGUCAAUGAUUCUUAUAUACAAAUAUAAUGUAAAUAAUUGUCUUAUUGUAGGUAUUUAAAAAGUAUAUAGACAUAGAUUAAGUAGGCCUUAUGUUCGCACAAUACUUUUUGAAUACCAAGAAAGUUGCUCCUCAAAGAUAUUUGUGUUUUAUUUAAAUUGUAGUUCAGUUUAUGUAUAAAGUAUUGAAAUACAAUUAGUAUUGUACGUAACAGAGAACAUUGUUUAUUUAUGUUUUUAUAUUAUAAAAAAUUGAUUGGCUUUAUAUUGAAAGUGUUUAAGAAGAAUGGAAUCAUGUGAUAUGUAAUUUGGAAACCGCUAGUCAGCUGUGCCGCGUACACGCUUAUACUCACUAAUAAACAUUUUUAAUUUUAGAA